UCCGUAACAUCUCGAGUAUAACGAACAAACUAUUAAACUGAACAAGUAUUAAACCGAUCUCCGUCCAAAUCUCUUUAUUUAAUUCGUAACUUGUUGAAUUAUAUGAUAUAUUCCACAUCAUAUCGACGAAUGUGGGCACUUCCGUUUUUCAAGACAGAUCCAGCUAAAUGUAAAGGAGAAAAGCGAUACUGAGCCAUAUUGAGCGAUACCAGUUUGUGAUACAACAUAACGUGACAUGCUACCGGGAAUCUGUCGUAUGAGCGAUGUUGGUCUGUAGUGAGGAAGAUUGUAAACAAAGGAAAGAAAAAAGGAAAAGUACCCGGUAGCCAAACAUGAACAUCGUCGAUCGAAUUCUAGUGCCUUUGUUCAUUUUUACGUUCCUCGCAUCCGUACGAUGCGAAUUAAUAACGCUUGGUAUUGCUGGUGCUUUAAGCGGUUUAGGUUAUUACGCGUACGACAAGUACAAAUGCGCGUACCAAGAAUGUUGUACGGACGAGUACAUUCAUCCUGAUUUAGAUAGAUUAGAAUACAUGCUUACUGCUAAAUUAUUUGGGCAAGACAUUGCUCGUGAAACGAUCAUAAAUGCAUUGCGGGGCCACUAUGAAAGUCAUAAUUCACCCAAGGCAUUGGUCAUGAGCUUUCAUGGUACACCAGGAACUGGCAAGAACUAUGUGGUACAGAUGAUAGCCAAAGCUUUUUAUAAAAAUGGUAUGCAGAGCAAGUAUUUUCACUUUUUCAAUGGCCGUAAUGAUUUUCCUCUGCAACGAAAAUUAGAUGAGUAUAAGGAAAAUUUGUACAAAGUUAUCUCCAUUGCUCUACAACAGUGUGAUAGGUCGAUGUUUGUAUUUGAUGAAGUGGACAAAAUGCCAGAGGAUUUACUAAACGUUCUGGUUCCCUUUCUCGACUACAACAGCUAUCACAAAUCUACCAAGCACAGUGAAUCCAUGUAUCAGAAUAAAGCUGUUUUUAUAUUUCUCUCGAACACUGGCAGCGCACAGAUAGUACAAUAUCUCACAAACAUGUGGGAGAGAGGCAGGAACCGAGAGGACGCGCGAUUGCAAGAUUUCGAGAAAUUGGUAGCAGAGGGGGCGUUCAAUGAGAAGGGUGGUUUCCAUCACAGUGACACUAUACAGGCCAGCGUAAUUGAUCAUUACGUGCCCUUUUUGCCUCUUGAGGAGGUGCACGUUAGAAAGUGUUUGGCAAGGUCUUUCGUUGAGCGAGGGUUUAGUCCAAAGGAGGAGAUGAUAGAGGAGGCGCUAUCACACUUGACUUUUGGCCCUGAGCCGCAUAAUCUGUACUCGAUGGCUGGCUGUAAGAGGAUAGAGCAGAAAGUUGCUUCUAUUGUAUAUCGUAAACAAAAUGUGGAGUCUAAGGCUAUUGAGAAAGACAGAUUGACAUAAUUUAGAAUGCUCGAACUGUUAAUAAAAAUAAUAUCAACGAAACAUUCUCUAUUAUAUAAGCAUUUGUAUAACAUCUCGAUAAGAUCCUUUAUUGAUAGAAUUUCUUAUUGGCACACUCAGAAAAAUACGUCUAACAAUUAAAAAAAUAGUAAAAUUAAUUUGUCAUACUUACAAUAAAAUAUAUAUGAAAAAGAUAAA